ACCCGACUACAUUCUCUAACAGAGCGAUCUAAACAACGCUAGAUAACGUUCAUCUGAGAUACUCUCUCUAUUUAUAUUCACAUUCAAACACGAAAGCGUCGGAAAGUUACUAAAAACUACCAUCCAAGUAACCAGUAUUGUGUAAAGCCCUUGAUUUCAAACCGAAUUAUCAAUUAUACUCGGUUAAGAAAUCUGAACCAAGGUUAAAUUUCAUCACGAUGGACGCAACAAUGGAAAACAAGAUGGGACUCCCGCCUCCAUAUGAGCCGACAGCCCCGAACCCGGCGCCACCGCCCUCCUAUUUCGGCGACAACCCGCCGCCGCCGGCAGGGCUAGCGGUGCCUGCGGUGCCACCGCGCACCACCGUCAUCACGAGUGUCACGACGCCCGCGACGCCCUCCGACCGCCCCAUCAAGCUAGGCCCCGGGCCCACUGGUGCUUCGUGCCCGACUUGCCAUAAGUCUAUUGUGACCCGUGUAGACUUCGUGCCGAACACUCGUACUCAUAUAGUAUCUGCUGCGCUUUGUGUUCUAGCCGGAUGCUGUUGCGGUUGCUUCGUGCCGUACUGCAUGCGCUCCUGCAAAUCCGCCAAUCACUACUGCCCCGCAUGUAAAGCCUACAUCGGAACGUAUCAGCAUUCCUGAAUUGCUACUGCUGCUAACCAACAAGUCGGAAUGUUACAACUUCAACUUUAUGGUGUUCCAAAGAAAUAUGAAAGGCGCAUCCGAAAACCACAAGAAAGAACUAAGGGCCGGUUUUUUAAGCUAAUUUUGCAUCAAUUUUCAUAGAAAUAUGAUACGCUGCCACAUAUUAAUUCAUUUGCAGUCGCACAGCGAUGUAGGUACUUCAAUUGUAUUAUGCUAGUGGUGUCUUUAAAAAACCGGCCAAGAGCGUGUCGGGCCACGCUCAGUGUAGGGUUCCGUAGUUUUCCGUAUUUUUCUCAAAAACUACUAAACCUAUUAAGUUCAAAACAAUUUUCCUA